CUCAAAGCUACCCAAACAUCUCUGUCAUGGCGUUUUUAUUCUCAUCGCGGAGAAAGGAACUUCUACAGCGACUUGAUCGCACUCAGCAGCAGAUUAACCAAUUGCAAGCCAACUUAGCGAGGAAGAGAAAUGCAGCCAGCGGCGACGGUUCUGUCGCUCCGUUCAUCACUGUCAGUUUCGUAAAUGGAGAUGACCCCACCGCUAAUGGUUUACCACUUCUACAAUCAGUCGCUGAUGUCGAUAAUCUUUCGGAUCCAGACGCUAUGGCCUAUCUUACAGGCUAUGGUUUCAGUGAUGUCCCAGAUGAUGCAGUUACAAGACGCGGUCUUAUCAAGAUUGCCAUUGGCUGUAGGCCGUUAUAACCUUUUGAAGUGCUCAAAAGGUUGCAACUUGCACAGAUCCGUCAUACGUUUGUGCGCGAAACGCCGCGUCAUCCGCUUCGCCAAGUAAUUGGUACCAUUGGAUCAAGAUUUCCAAUGAGGCUACUGGCCUCAGAUCUCCUCAAGGUCAAGAAGGGCUUCCGUCCAAGUGCUGCCAGUGUCUGCCAGCGUUCUACUUACACCUUUCCAAACGUCAUAUUUUUAAGUUCUCCCGCCGACACUCAGUUGGCUCUCUCUCUGGGUCCAUCUUACUUGCCUACCACUCGAUUCACCAACCGCACCAAUUCCCGCACAAUGCGUCUUUUUGCCAGCCUCGCUGUCCUUGUCCCUCUCGUCGUCUCCGUCGUCGCUGCGCCUGCCAAGGCUCCCUUCGAUCAGCUCUUCUACAAUGUUGGAGACAUUACCGUGCUACUUUCACGUACUAGCGCUGUCGCAGCGUCCAUCAACCUCAAAACAAUUCCAGACUUCAUGUCUUCCAUUGAAGCGUUGAUCUCCAGCUCGAAGAAGCUGGAGGUCGAUGUCAAGAACACUGCAGCCCCAACCUCUACUCAGGCUACCGCCAUUGUCGAGGCUGUGCGGGAGACUUUACUUCCUAUAUAUGCCGACACGAUUGCUGAAAUCGUAAAAGAUAAACCCACUAUCGUUGAAAUCAACCAUUUACCAGACGUGGUUGACGUCUUGAAGUCCUUUGUAUCAGUGUUUGUGGAUGCUUUCACGGAGUUCAUCAACCAUUUGCCUCCCAGCGCGGACGCGUUCAACUUGAGACUCGCGAUUGACUUCGAGUCGAGCUACAUCACAAAAACUUAUGUCGACGAGUCGUAAAGCAACUUGUCCAAAGACAUGCGUUUCUUAGUGUUCUAGUUAGAACGUCCUUUCUGUAACUGUUAAGUGGUGGUAUAAAUUGUGACGAUUGCAUACAUUA